AUGCUCCUCCCAUCCGCCUUCUCUUGCGACGGCUCGCAAGCCGCGCCCACAACCAGAUCACACGCUGGUCGCUUCGUAUCACCGCCCUCCAGUCCUACGACGCUGUCGGCGCAGUACUCCAUCGACAACAUCAUGAACACCUGCCGCUCUCUCCAGUCUCUCAUCACCAUGACCGCCUCCAACAACGACCACGGCGCGCUUGCGCCCGCGCCCACCCUGACUCAACUCCCCACGCCGCCUCUCGCAUAUGCUCCCACCCCCAUGAAGCUGCGCCUCCGAUCGCGUGGCAGCAAAUCAGAUGGCAAAGGCGACGAAACUCCCGUGACCAGGAGGAGGAUCGCGAAGCGCACUCCUCCCGCUCCUCCCAGGGGCGCCAACAAACGCCGGCGCGAGCUUGACGACGACCUGGGGCGCAGCGAUGAGGCCGACAUGGACACUGAGGCCGAGCUGGACGCCGAGAGCCUACAAAUGACACGCAGCUCAUCCCCAUCAUCGUCACCACAAGCACCUUCAACACCCAAACGCGCUCGCAUCUCCCCUGAGCAAUUGCCCUUGGGACUCGAGCGCUCUGAUUUCCACGACAUCCACCUCUUGGAAGGCAGCGCCAACAGCAAAGACUGUGAAAACCCAGGAACCGACCUCCAGGUUGAGGCGGACGGCUCAGAAUGGAGCCUUGAAGACGACCGCGUCCUCGUCGAACUGGUGCUCGAGAAGCUGAGGCUGUCCAAGACGGAAUGGCAAGACUGCGCGCGCAGCCUGGGCAAAGACAGGCACAGCGUCGGCCGGCGCUGGAAGAGCCUCAUGACGAAUGGCGACGUUGGCGUCAAGACGAG